AUGAUCCUCACCAAAUUGCGCCAAAAAAGGUCGGCUACCCUCGUCGAUUCGCUUGAUACCUUGUUUAUCAUGGGCUUGCGAGAUGAAUUCGAUAAAGGCGUCUUGAACACUUUGAAAAUUGAUUUCUCCAGGAGCCAAACAAACGAUUCAGCGUACGAACUCUCAGGAUCAAAAAAUGUGGCUCUUCUGAAACAGGCACGAGCACUUGGAGACAAGUUAUUGAUAGCCUGGCCAGAUCAUCGGCAAAAUUUGCCCUUUCCCCAACUCGAUUUUAGACGCAGCAAACCAUCCUUUAAGAAGAAAGCGUCGGAUGUAGAGGUGGUCAUUGCCGAGCCGGUUCACUUUUUGAAGGCUGGGACUUUGAUUCUUGAGUUCGAGCGCUUGAGUUAUUACACUCAAGACCCCAAGUAUCUCCGUCAGGCCAUCAAAGCAAUGCAGGCAAUUAUGAAUACUCCAUCCACCUUUCCUGGUCUUGCUGGAUUUUUCCUCGCCGUUCAAAAUCAAGAAGUAAAGAAUGAUCUUGCUACAUGGGGCGUUUUUCCUCUUCCAAAGGAGGAAUCCGUCGUGUGUUCUCUCAUCUCGGUUGUUUUGCUGUACAAACGAACUGCCACUGGGCUAGGUCCUGAGACUUUCAACUUUUUAGGGCCAAAUGGCGAAAAGCCGCCUCAAAAACCAAGCUUAAAAGAUCUGGAAUUUUUUAAGAAAAACGGCUUUUAUAUUGGCUUCAAAUCCUAUGAGCUAAGGCCAGAGGUGGUUGAAUCUGCAUUUUAUGCUUGGCGAUUAACAGGCGAUACCCGCUACCAAGACUUUGUUUGGGACGCAUUCAAGUCUUUACAAAAGCAUUGCAAAGCCCCAGCUAGUUUCUCUGCCAUCUCCGAUGUCAACUCUCUUCCCGCCAAUGCCACGAAUAGUUCUGAAAGUUUUCUUUACGCCGAAUUGUUCAAAUAUAUUUACCUGACUUUUGCCGAUCCGAAACUUCUAUCACUGGAUGAAUACCUUUUCAGUUAA